UGGCCGCCAUCUGGGACUCGCAGGCUAUGGGGACCACAACAGGUAUUCCCUGUGUGCGGAACAGUCAAGACCAGUUAGGAUGUAACGACGUAGAGAGGGACUGCAAGAGGCAAAGGGAAGAUUUGAGGGGCGCCAGGACCGCCCAACUAGGUCAAGGGAAACGCCUCUUGUGAUAUGGGGCGCAUGUUAAAUAGUCCCGGUCAACCGCGCUUCCGCCUAACUUGCCGCAAAGUUUUUCUAGAGAAGUCGGUCCUUUUAAAAGCCGGCGUUUUUGCGGACCGCUAGAGUUGGUCAUUCGCCUCUCGGCUCGGGCUUGCUUUGCGUCUGGGCUGUUCGAGUUCUUACACACGUUGUUACCUGAAGACUUGGUCGUGGGGACUGUGUGCUUCCGCGCGCCCGAGGGACAGCGGAACUCCGGAGAAAGGGGGCGGAUCGGGCGAGCUGUUGAGGGGCGCAGCGGGGCGUUCGGCGCUCGAAGCACCACUCUUCGGCUUCCGCGACCGGUGCAGACUGCGGGCAUCCCUCAGCCCGCACCCCUCAAGCUGUAGAUACCAUCUCUUUUGAUCACUGUUCCUGAUUAUGACAUUGAUCAAGCAUUAAAUUGUGUGCCUUUUGUUCCUCAAAGAGUUAAUUCAAGCAACUCUGUUCUUCCUGGCCUCUGGACUGAGCUGAAAACUGGAUUCAUUCUUUUCUCGUAUGUCAGUCUGAGCUGUGUGUCAACCAAAGAGCUUCAGCCCGAUCUUUCAUUCAAGCCUCAUCUUUCCCAAGGUGAGUUGAUGUGAAAAAAAAUCCUGGUUAUUUUGAAGAUGUUUCAGCACAGUAUUGUUUUGUGUUUAAAUCACAAAUGACUUCAAGAGUUUUAAGAACAAAAGAAACUGGAUUUUUUUAAAAGUUAAAUCAUGCCAUUUGAACAGAAACAGUUAUUUUGUGAUGAAAAACAAACCUUAUUGACAAAAGAAUAUAAUGUAAAAAAUGAGAUAGCUGAUACUAUCAGAUCAUUACCUAAACCAAAAAUUUUAGAAACUAGUUUUCAUUACGAGCUUAAAAAUGUGAAAAUCAGUUUGCCAAAAAUACAUAUUCCAAAUGAAGUCCUAAUGAAGCAUGAAGUUGAAAAAUACAGAAAAUUAUUUCAGAGUAAACCACAGACUGCAAGGAAGUCUAUCAGUAUAAAGACUGUAAGCUGUGCAGAGGAGUGUGUAUUGCUUUGUAAGUCUGAGCGAGCUGAAGAAGAGGGUAUAAACAUGUCUGCAAAAGUACUCAACUUUAGUUGUUCAAAAUGCCAAGACAGUACUCAGUAUAGCCCAAAUGAUUUGCAGAAACACUUCCAAAUGUGGCACCAUGGUGAAUUACCUUCUUUUCCUUGUGAAAUGUGUGAUUUUUCAGCAAAUAACUUCCAGAUAUUUAAACAACACCGACAGACCCAUAAAAGCACUUUAGUAAACUGUGACAUUUGUAACAGUAAGCAUAUGUAUACUUUAUUAGGCUUGACAAGGCAUUUCAUGUCUAAUCAUAGUGUUAAUGGUAACUUUCAAUGUGAAGAGUGUGGAUUCUUCACCCAGGAUGUUGGCACAAUUGUUCAGCAUAUUUAUAGACAUAAAGAAACUCAUUAUAAAUGUGGUAAAUGUCAUCACUUGUGUUCAACCAAAGUAGAGCUACAAAAGCACCUUCAUGUUCAUUCUGGUACUCUUCCAUUCAAUUGUCAAUAUUGUAGCUAUGGUGCCAUUCAUAAAGACCAACUUGUAAGACAUGUUAUAACUUUGCACAAAGAACACUUGUAUGCAAAAGAAAAACUGGAAAAAAACAAUUAUGAUAAAAGAGUGGCAAAGACUUCAGGACUUAAGCUAAUACUUAAAAGAUACAAAAUAGGUCCAUCAAAGACAUUCUGGAAACGUAAGAAAAUUACCAAUGGGAGUGACACAAGUAUAGGAGAAAACACUCAAGUGCUUAAUAGUGUGAAGAACACACAGACUAAAUCUGAAGACCAGAGUCAUCUUGGUCAAGAGCAUUUAAAUGAAGAAAAAGGUGAAAGACUGCACUGUGAGAUUAGUGAUAAGUCUAGAGAGUCAGGGAAGUCAACUCUGUUGUCCACUGGGCAAUAUAACAGAGCUGAUGAGGGGUCAGUACCUACUUCAGGUUCCUUGAAGAGUGCUGUGCUACCAGGAACUACAGUGUUACUGGUGAAAAACAAUAUGAUAACAAUACCUGCUAACUACAGUGCUAAACUUAUGGGCUUCAAGAUGGUGGAUGGAAAACAACAUAUUGUAAUAAAAUUGUUGCCUGCCAAUAAACAGAAUUUAUCCUCACCAGCCUCACAGCCAGAUGCGGCAAUGGAUAAUACUGCUAAUUUGCAACCCCAGACUUCGGACACGACUGGAUUUUUGCCUGGAAUAACAACUGAGGUAAGCGAUACAGUUUGUAUGAAAGCAGCUCCAUUCUCAUGUUCACCUACACUUUCCAGGAAAGUAAUUUCUGGAAAAAAAAAGGCUUUGAUACCUGAAAGGAAUAAUAUGCUUCCAACUGUAGAUCACAGUAAAAGUUUAUCUUCUUUGCCAACAGUGUCAGAAUCUGUUAUUGCAUCAGCAAAUGCCACAGAAGUUGAAGCAAGAGUUAAUGUUGAUUUACGGGAAAAUCAUACCACUCAACAUCAUCCAGAGGUAUUAGGUAUCACAAUUAAAAGUCCAGAUAAAGUCAACCUUACCACCAAGCCAAACGCAUACAACCAUAGCAAUAUGCAUAACUAUUGCAUGAAUUAUGUCAACUCUGAGUUACCUGUUGAGUCUUCUUACCAUGAUGAAUCCACCAACCAUACUGAAUCCUCCAAUCAAGUUGGGUCAUUACCUUUUCAUAAUUACUCAGUGAAUAGUAAGCGUCAUAGGUUUUCAAGAAUAGCAGUGUGUGAAAAUCUUCAGAGAGAAUCUUCAAGCAAAGUAGGGGUCCAACAGCCAAGUAAUGAUGCAGUCUUACCACUAGUGAGAAAGGAGAGUUCAAACUCAGAUGGCCUGUUAGCAUCUGGUAACUCUUUAAAUGAUGAUGGAAGUUUAAAAAUGAAGGCUGAAACGAAAGAACAAUGUGUUAGAGAAGAAAAACAAACCAUUGGUGGACGAAACUUGUGUAUUAAUGAAAACCAAAGUUUAGAGUGUGUGGCUGAAGAAUCCAAAUGGCAUGACAUUUCUAAUACUGGUUCACCUAUGAUGCCUAGAAUCACAUCUGUUUUCUCUCUCCAGAGUGAACAGGCAUCAGAAUUUUUGCCACCUGAAGUAAACCAAUUACUUCAAGAUCUAUUAAAACCUAAAUCUGAUUUAAAGGAAGACUCUAGGAAUAUUCCAAGUAAACACCUGUCAAUUAAUUACGGCCAGUCAUUUCAAAAAGCUGAGGAAGAAAGCAUGAUAGGAUCAUCCAAAGACUCUAAAGUUCAAAGCAUCUUUCCAGUUGUAUCUGGUAGUGUGGGUGCUAAUGUGCCUACAAGUGAUCUGACUUUAAAAUAUAAUGGAAGAGAAAAACAAGGGCUAUCAAUAUCACAAGAUGUGAAAGAGUCAGAGAUGACAUCUAAAAUUCCAGAUGUUGUCACAUUACUUAAGACUCAGUCAGAUGCAAUAAUUACUCAGCAGCUUGUCAAAGACAAACUGCGUACCACCACACAAAGUUCAGGUUCUAUAUAUAUACAGAGUCCACUUGUAACUCCAGAACAGAAAAACCCUAUGUUAGUUCAAACUCCAAGAAGUGUUUUUAUACCACUGCAUGUUGCUAACAAGUCUGGAUUUCAUGUUUUUUCAGGACAAACGCUUCCAUUAGUUAAUACACAAGGUGUCCCUACUUCUUUACUUGUAAACAAGAAACCUGGGAUGAUUUUGACAUUUAAUAGUGGAAAACCUGAAGGUGUUUCCACUGUGAAAACUGAGAAUGCUCACACUUAUGGUAAGGAACCUUGCAAAACACCUUUUUUAAAAGUAGAACAUAACAGUAAUUGUCUUACACCUGCAGUUUGUUCCAGCAUUGGUAGUUGUUUGAGCAUGAAAAGUAACUUGGAAAAUAUGUUGCCAUUAAAAAAUCCUUAUGUUAUUAAAACACUAUCAAGUUCUUCAGUGAAAACUGUUCCUUUUCCUAAUGUGUUGUCUGAGCAGCAGGGCCCCAAGAUGAGUAUCUUGGAUUCAGUUAAGCAGAAUGAAAAUUUCCCAAAACCAUCUCUUUAUACCAUCUUGCCUGAUGGCAAACAAGCUGUUUUUUUAAAGUGUGUGAUGCCAAAUAACACUGAACUGCUUAAGCCUAAGUUAGUCCAAAAUACUACUUAUCAAAAUAUUCAGCCAAAGAUACCUGAAGGAACACCACAAAAAAUAGUGCUGAAAAUCGUCAAUCCUAUUUUAAGUGUGACUGCUGCUGCUAAUCUUCCGGUUAGCAAUUCUUCGUCAUUACAGAAUGAGAAUGUACCAUCUGAUGAGACUACCCUAGGAGAGCAGAAAGAGCCAGAAUCAUCUAGAGAUGCCUUUCCAUGUGUAUCAGAUGAUGUGACACCAGCAAAUGAAGUUGUUCUUUCUUCUGCUGCAACAUGCCAAGAGUCCUCCGACCAACCAUUGUGUAUCAAUGACCAAUCAGAGGCCAUAGUAUUAAGGUGUGAGACAAAUUGUUCUGUUGAGGAAAGUGUCAAUAGAAAAAAGGCAAACAUAAACAAGUAUUCAAAAAUAAAAACUCGUAUAGCAAGUAUGGAUGCUGAAACUGGCUUUCUGUCCAGAAACAGAAGCUGUAAACGAAAGUGUAGUGAUACUUACCAAGAACCUCCAAGAAAAAAAUCAACAUCACGUAGAAAGUGUAAAGAAAAGGCUAAAGCUGAAGAUGUUCAGGAAACAUUAGGAUUUUGCAGACCUAGGCUUUCAAAGAGUUCAGUUAGAACUUUGCGGCUUUUCCCUUUUAGUUCCAGACAGCUUGUGAAAUGUCCUAGGAGGAAUCAACCGGUUGUAGUUUUGAACCAUCCUGACGCAGAUUCUCCAGAAGUAGAGAAUGUAAUGAAAACGAUUGCAAAAUUUAAUGGAAAUGUACUUAAGGUUGCAUUGUCAAAAAGAACUAUCAGUGCUUUACUGAAACCAGUUCAUUAUAACACUUCUGAAACAACUUACAAUAUUAUUUCUAAGAGAUACAAAACAAUUCAACCUGUUAACUCUGUGAAAGAAAGGUUUGUGCUAAAAUUAACACUGAAAAAGACUAGCAAAAAUAAUUAUCAGAUUGUAAAAACUACCUCUGAAGAUGUUCUGAAAGCUAAAUUUAACUGCUGGUUUUGUGGUAGAGUAUUUGACAAUCAGGAUGCAUGGGCUGGUCAUGGCCAGAGACAUUUAGUGGAAUCUACUCGGGAUUGGAAUAUGUUACUGUAAUUUACUAUUAAUUACCAAGGUAAAGUAACAUUACCUUAGAAGAAAAUGAUAGUUUGAAUUAUUUUAAUGAAGAUAUUUUCUUCAGUAUAGUUCUAAAAUUAAGCAUUAAAUGUUGGUUAUAUUUACAUGGAACAACAAAAGCUUUGUUGUACUUGAAAAUCCCAAAACUGUAUAAGUAAGUUUUGAAAGAAACUAAUCAGCACAGAUUGAUUUAUUUCUUUUUCUUUUUCUUUUUUUUUCUUUUUAAAGAUAAGUUUGUGGGAAGUUAGGGCUAAAGAAAAUUUUGAUACAACAGUUUACCAAUAUAGUUCUGUAGACUCUGAGUAGAGGGAAAAGUGGUGGAUAGUCCCCAUUCCUUCUGCUACCAGCCUUAUGAAUCUUACAAAUACAGCUUCUCUGACCCUGGAGAAUGAAUGAGGUUUUCAUCACGUGAAGAGAGAUUUGAGUUUGGGUAAAGAAGUUACUUUACAUCUGUUAACUCCAGUUCGUUUGAAAGAUUGGUUCCUUUGAAACUACAUUUAACUCAACUGUGUUGAAACCUUUACCAGUACUUGGAGUUUGGGUCAUGUUAAUCUUGUUUCCUGUUGUUUCUCUGCCAUAUCAGAGACUGGAACACUUUCCCAUGAUGGUUUUGGCCAUCUCAAGCAUUGGUAUAAAUGAGACAGCCUCAAGAGAAGAUUUAAACUUUGUUUAAAAUCCAGCUGAAUUUCAAUACUUUUUCUGAGUUUGGUUAUAUUCUCCAGUAAUCCCUUUGCACAGAAUUAUGCUUUUCUGAUAAAAGUUGUCCAUAACCAAAUGACUAUUUUCCCCUGUGGUUGCUAUUCCUUCAAAAUGAGACCACUUCAAAGGAAAUGGCUUUUCUUGAAAAUUUUUACAGAGAUAAUAUUUUGAAGCAAGAUUAGCAAACCAGAUCAUAUUUUUGUCUGUCUAUUUCCUGUAUUACCUAAACAUGUCCAAGUUGGGACAGUUUUUGUUGUAGCAGCUUUUCAGGAUGACUGACAACCCAAAACAGACCUGUGAUUGUUGGUGUUUGAAAAUGUGGAAGCAGUAGACUUAGUGACAGUUCACCAAACUGGGAUAAAUCUAAGGAAAUGCCCAACAUUUUGAAAUAGAAGCAUCAGGUUUAAACUGCACCAUGUAAAUUUCUAUCAAUUUUUUUGCAUUAUUGUAUAAUGGAGUUCUUGAAAAAAAUUAAGUACUAUAUACUUUUUUGUUACUAUAAAUGUUACUGGCAUUUUUAUUGAUUGGAUAAAAACUUCAGGGCUUUUUUGUACAUAAU